AUGAUUAAUUCGAUGGUGACUUCUCCAACGCAAUCACCCCGUUAUUAUUUUGGUCCAAGUCGUUUAUUAACUCGUCAUAUUCAAUUAGUGACAAAGGAUGAUACACUCGAUUUUACAAUAACUGGAGGAAAUGGUAUACAACCAAUUCAUGUGGCUAGCGUUGUUUGGGCAUCACAAGCGUAUACACAAGGAAUGAGACCGGGUGAUGAAAUUAUCAGUGUUAAUCAAAUACCAUUUAAAAAUAUCACCUAUUCACAGGCCGUUGGAAUAUUGUAUUCAACACCUCGUUUGGAUAUAAUUAUUCGUACAUUACGUGUUUAUCCGUUAGAUGCAACACUUUAUGAUUGGUAUAAUCCGAGAUUAAAACGUGCCACAUCGCCUCCGCCAGGAAAUUAUUUAGCACAAAAUGCACAGUUACCUUAUUUUGAAAAAACCGUGAACUUACAUGUUCGAUCGGGUCGGCGUUUAGGUUUAAUAAUUCGUGGUGGAGCCGAAUAUGGUCUUGGCGUAUUUGUUAGUGGAAUUGAUAAAGAUUCAUUAUCCGAACAAGCUGGACUAAGGAUUGGUGAUCAAAUACUGGAAGUAAAUGGAAUCGACUUUCGUCGUAUAACGCAUAGCGAUGCUGUCCAGAUCUUGCGUACACAUAAUCAAAUGCAAUUUCACAUUCGACAAUUGGACAAACUGCCACAACCGAAACAGCAGCAACAAAUAUCAACACAGCCAAGUCGUGUAUCAUCGCCUAUUCUUUCACAAAAAUAUUCGACAACUCCUUCCACAUCUGAUACUUCCACUCAACCGAGACGUGUUCUUCCACAACGUCCGCAUAGUCGUCGUUCAUCAUCCUAUGAAUCGGUUAUUUUAGCCGAUAUCAAUCGUCAUGUAACCAAAGAUGGCUAUUCUCAAGAAGACGCAAGAUUGAUUAAUUACUAUCUUACGUCAUAUAUACAACGAAAAAUAACCAUUGAUGAUAUGGCACAACCUUUACUAGAUGUGAUCAAAUACAAUCAACGUAAAAAUUAUUUGUUGGAAUUAAUUCGUGAGUUAAUUCGUCAUGAAGACGUUGACCGUUUUGAUAUUCAUACAUUACGAGAAGAUUUAAAUAGUUUAAAGUUGUCACAUGAACGUUUGUUACAUCAAUCACUAUCAGCAGCUACGUCUCCGUUAACCAUGUCCAAAUCUGUUGAAAAUCUUGAAUAUCGUCGACGUCCAUUAUCAUCAUCGACGAAUCGAUAUAUGAAUGGCAAUGAUAGAAAUGCUAAAAGUAGAGACUCCAGUCCGAAUGAUAUUUUCAAACCAAAUGAACGUAUACUAAGACCAAAAUCACUUCAUAUUGAGAGAUAUGAAAAUGAAUCGAAUCAUUAUUCAACAAGACAAGACGAUCGAGAAAAUUAUCCGCCAUCGUCACACCAUUAUCCUCAAACUUCCAUUUCAACGCCAUCGCCUGCCGCAUUAUCACGAACAAAUUCAUCGUCACAAUUAAGAAAAGCAAAAAGCCUAAGUAAUGUUGGACCGAGUAGUUCACAAACAUCACCAAAAAUACGAAAUAAAAAUCUGGUACAUAUUCAAAAAUCAUAUACAAAUUUAUCAUCAACAGAUGGUGAAAUCAUUGACGAUUUCUUAAAGGAUUAUGGUGAAGCAUAUCCAAUAACCAUCCAUAAAAUUCGUCCAACAUUAGGUGUUGCCAUUGAAGGAGGAUUAAAUGAUAGAAUACCAAUACCGAGAGUUGUCUACUUACAGCCUGAUGGUUCCGCUUAUUUAUCAUCGGGUUUACGUGUUGGUCAUCUAAUUUUGGGUUUAAAUGGUUAUUCAAUGAAAGGUUUAUUACAUCGUGAAGCGGCUAUGUUUAUUGCCAGUGCAUUCAAAGAUCAUUCAACAUCAAAAAUGGAUUUAAUGGUUUCAGAACCAAAUCAAUAA